CUUGGCUUGGCCGCGAGGCAGCAGCGGCUCAUUCGCUUUCACGGCGUCGUUUGCACAGCUAGCAGCGACAACAGCCGUGACAACAGCGCGCAGUCAGGGACCGCUGCAGCUUUUGCCAGCCGACCCCUAUACACGUCGUAGGCCGUCAUACGCUUCUAGCCUCGGUGUCUCAAACCGCAGACGAGACUCCUUAGACUUCCUUUCCUCACAAUGGAGAACGCCGACGGAUUUGUCGACAUGGCGGAAAUCCUUGACGAAUUGGAAGGACACGAAUCCACCAAAAAGGUUACAAAGGCUCCUUUGAAAGAAGCGCCGAAGGCACCGGCAGGCUCAUCCGCCACGAGCAGGCUGUUUGAGAACGGUUCGACCGAGGGGACCCAUCCGCACUUCGUGCUGAAGCCCGAGCUGGUGGUGAAGCUGCAGAUGGAGUACCCGGACAAGUUUGUCAAGGAAAGGCUCGGGGGCUACGAGUUCAAGACGAAGAGCACGUUGCUUCGCGCGCUUCUGCACCGCACGUACAAGCAGAGCAAGCGUCCCAACAACAAGACCUUCUGCGACCCGCUCGACUACGUGGGCGACUACGUGCUCAAGUUCGUCAUCUCGCAGUACCUGCUCGAGAACUGCGCCGUCAAGACCAAGGAGCAGCUGGCGCAGAGGCGCGCCCUGGUGGAGUGCCAGGAGGCGUACGCGCUGCUGGCGGUGCGCAACGGGUUCCACGAGGCAGUAUUCCUCGACGACCGCCGGGACUGGGAGCACCUCAACGAGUACAUUAAGAACGUCAAGGGUGUUCAGACCCUGAAGCAGCUGAGCACCGUGGAGAAGCGUCGCUGCUUCAUCCAGAACUUCUUCCAGUCCGUGGCCGGCGCCGUGUACGUGGACAGCGGUUACGACCUGCGCGCCGUCGUGCGCGUGUUCCUGCCCAUGCUCAAACCGUUCCUCGACGAAGUGGUCGAAAUGGAGCUCGGAGACUGAAGCCCUAGUCAUCGUACCUUCUUCCCUAUAAUAUGGCCUCCGGGAUCGGACGGCGUGGAGCACCCUGAUUUCGGAGGCCAUGCUUAUAUUUUACUACCUCUUCGGGUGCUGCCGCUUCGCGCCGUGUCGUAUUGUGUACAAAAGGCGAGGGGCUGUGCUGUAUGCCCGUAUUCCCUGUCGAUCAUAGCAGGAUGUCUGUGGGUCAACUUCAAGACUACUGCGACAAUUGGCUGCAGUGAAGUUUUAGAUUCACAGGCCCGAAGCAGAUCACAUCACAUUGAGUGACUCUGCUACCGGAGGACUACAGGCAGUGAAAAACAGGUGAAUGUAGCUGAAACGUUGCAUAUGGUCCACCGUCAGUUGACGCGUUCUGCAGGUUCGUUCAGGGCUACAUCACAACUUAACUUUCCGGCCUGCAUUUGCCUUAUGAAUUGAAGGGGGAAAUUUAUGGCACUGCCUUCGAAAGUGAUUGGCUAGGAAUACGGACGGCCUUAUCCCGGUACACUCCGGCAACAUUAAUAUGCACGCGACGCCGGAGCGAUCCGUUUUCCUUGCAUUUGCACUGUGUUUGUGUGCUUGAAGUGUUAUGACAUAUGCAUUUCUUUCUCUUGAUGUAUAUAUCUUGCGUGAAUGAAAUGAAGCCUUUGUUACUUGUAGCGUGGGCUACGAGCUUGAUCUGCUACAUGAAGGUGGAGCUAUUUCUGUUGUGAUGUAUCCAUCCGCCUGACGCGUUUGCAUGUCACGUCAAGACUUUCUUGUGCUUGUAUCGGAGAAAAAAUUAAAUUGACAAUUGCGUUUUUUU